ACGCAUGCGUAGCAUGAGUAUUCGUCCCAGGAUUCGCGAUGACAGAAGAGAUAGAUGAUCAUGGUAGCAGUUCAUUUUGAAGCUCAUUUUCAGAACAAUCUUUAAGUUCAUGCAACAUAUUUCAUUAAUAACUUUUAGAGACAGAGCAUGUUAUUGUAAUGAUUUAUGUUUGGUUAAUUCAAGCCGUUGCAAAGAGUUGCUUUCCAAGUUUGAUUUCAGCAUAUUGAAAUCUAGGCCCAGACUAAUUUGCAUAGCAAGUUUGAGGCGGCAAUGGAGCAAGAAUCGUCCCUCGACGAGAGCGCUAAAGAGCCUGUUUGUGAUGUUUGUAAAAAGAAAUUCAAAAACCAAGAAAAGCUGUCACUUCAUAUGCGAUUUCAUUCACUUUUUGGAAACUUUAAGAAGACACCCACCGAAACAACUUGCCUUCACGAACGCAGUUCGCAAGAAGCCAUCGACGAUAACGGUGAAGCCGUUGAGCCACCAAACAUACCCAAAAAAGCAAAAAGCCGCAAUGCUUCAUCAGUUCUUCUUGUUGAGAAACCGUUUCGAUGUACCAAAUGUGGCGUAAAUUUCAGCUCAAUGAGAAAUAAAAUGCAGCAUGAUCUUCUUCAUGCCAAGAGAACAAGUGGAUUUGAACAACGAGGAACAUACACAACGGAACUGAAGUGUAGUAUAUGUAAGAAACGAUGCCGAACUGAAAAUGGGCUGCAAAAGCACUUCGAAACGGAGCAUACAAAUAUGCACGACAGUGGUAGCACUUCAUGUACGGUCUGCUCAAAGAAAUUCAAAAACAUGAAUUCUCUUGAUGUGCACAUGCAAUCAGAACAUGCGGACAAAAAAGAUGUUAAUUGCAAGUCACCAAGUUCUUCAAUAACGGUAAAUGACUCCCGUGUCAACAAAGCAUCUUGGGUCAACUUUGAAAGUGUAGUUGUAACGAAAAAAACAAAUAACAGAAAUGUUCUGAUGUACAAGUGUAAAAUUUGUGAGACUUUGUGUUUCACAAUUCGCAGUAUCAGACUUCAUUUAAAGAAAGACCACGCAAAAAAGCAGUUAGGUCCUUCAAAGUGUGAAGAAUGUGGAAAAGUGCUUGCCGGAGAAACUGAAUUAAAAAGACACGUAACGGUCAUGCAUAGAAAUAAAGAGAAGAGAGCACAAGAAGUGGUCAAUUUAUCCAAAAAUGAGAUUAAAACUGAUUAUGAAGCUGUAAGAAAUGAACCAGAAUCAUCUCCGUGUUUCCCACCAGACAUAACUGAUAAUGGAGAAUUAUUUCAUUGCGAGGCCUGCUUGAUCUCAUUUCCAACUGCUUUGAAAAUGAGAAAGCACUUAAAAGAGAAACACUCGCGGCAUGCGCUGCACAAAUUUAACUAUAUGAUCAAAGGUUUCAAGAGAUUCAAAGUUGGAUACAAUUGGACAAAUGGAGCUUCAAGAUUCUCAUAUCAGUGUUUGAUUUGUAAGAAACAAACCAAUUCUCUAGAUAAAGUUGCAGCACACAUGAAAAGUGAGCACAAUAUCGAAGUCUCUAAAUCUUUAUAUACUAAAAAGGAAGAGGGUUAUAGUAACAGAUAUAAAAAAGCCACCAACCUUGGUCAAAAUCUCUCUGCUUCUGCUUCUGAGCAAGCAAAGGCAAAUGAAGAGGAAGAUGCUAACAAAAGCUCUGCGCUAUCUGAAACGAAGGGGGAAACUCCUAAGUUUUUUAGGAGAAAAGGUUUCAAAAAGAAAAGAUUUGGUACAAAAAAACUGAAACCAAAAGGAAGUCACGAAGACCCAUGCCAUUGUUUAGAUUGUGGGGUUCUCUUGAAAACCGAAUGGGAGCUUGAUCACCAUUACAAAACCGUUCAUUCCGGACCAAAUUUCCAGGUUGUGCCGAAAUACAGUGUUGUUAAAGGAAAGUAUAACCUGUUUCUAAAAUGCUUAAUUUGCGGGAAAAUGUGUAGAUCAAAAGGAAUCUUGAAGCAGCACCUACGUUCCCAUGAUAAAACUGCUGCAGUAGGAGGGAAUUCCCUUGGUGCCAAUAAUCAGGAUAUUCUAGCUGGAGACCAGACAGUGAAGAGCCGAAAAGGAGGUGCUAAACGAAGUGGCAGUUGUAUAUAUCAUUGUAGAACUUGUGGAAAGUCAUUUCCAAGACUAUUUAAUUACAACGAGCAUAUUUGCGUGACUGAAGACUCUGCCAACCGCUCUUUAAUUGAGGAGACUGAAACACAAAGCAAUAUGGAAGUAGUUUUGCCAGAGUUUGUCAGGGAUGUUAGUGACUUUGUCAAGACAAAAGGUAAAAGUGAAAAUGACACACGCAAACUAAGUCUUACUAAGAUCACCCUAGAAAAGAAAAAGAGCCAAGAAGAGAAUAUGGAAGAUAGCCAGCUUCUGGCUUUGGAUCAAAGAAAUGUUUUUUUGGGAAGUAUAUGUCGUGAGGAACAAAGCACGGAGACUUCUACUCAGAAAGUUCUUUUCAACCCUGAGGACACUGAUUGUGUAUCUUUGCCGCGAUCUCCAUUGGUCAUGAAGGACAAAGCAGUUUCAGAAAUAAAGCCAAGCAAAAAUGGAAAAAGAAUUUUAAGUAGAAAAUACAGUUGUCGUUUUUGUAAACGAUGCUUUCCGCAUCAGAAGCAGCUCUCAAAGCAUGAAAAAAUACAUACAGAAGCACAUUUACAUGCAUGUAGUAACUGUGGUAGGUCAUUCACUGCAUUGCACAAGCUACGAUACCAUUCUAUGAGGUGUAUUCUGAAUAAUGAAGGCAGCGAGCCUCCUAUCGGCAAUGUUGGUAAACCUAAUGCGCAUUGUGUUGUGAAUGAAUCGAGUUUCAAUGGCCGAGUAAAUGGCAAUACAUACCCAUCGUAUGCCAGAAAAAGUGAAUACACUGUUUUUGAUCCAGCUAACAGACCAGACCAGGUAGAUCUCAAUGAUAACAUCGGCAUGUGUAAUGAUCAGCUUUUUGAAGGCCCAGUAAAUAUUGCUGAAACAAGUGCUAAUCAUUAUGAGGGUAGUAGCAAUUCAUCGUUAGACCAUAUCGUCAUUGCUGAUGUUCGUAGUUGUAAUCCUGCCUUUUCACAGAGAACUGAUAUGGUAAAAAGCAACAAUAUUUUGAAGAACCAGAUAGGCGUUUCAAACGUUGACCCUAUUGAGGCUAAUGAUGCACCAGGGUUUUACUUGGAUCCGCUGCAGGCUGCCCAUUCAAGAGCUGAAGACAAAGCAUCCCAUCCCGUUACAGUCAUAUCACCAGACUGUGCCAAAUUGAAUAUGUACACACAAGGCACAGUUCUUCUUGUACCGUACUUUGUACCAGCUGGGGAAACUUACUCAAAGGUUGGAGAGCCGCAUUCAGGGGCAGUUGCUCCUAAACCUGCUAUGUUACCUCCAGGCAGUUUUAUGUUAAGCCCAAAUGAUUUUAAUGCCAGGAUAAGCCCCUGUGCCGAUUGGAGAUUUUUUUCCCACCCAUUGGAAGCAAAUAUUCAAAGCCAGGUCCCUGUGGCUGUGGAAGAGGGUUUUAAAGCCCGGAUGUGUACCGAUGAAAGUGCACUAGAGGUGCAGCCUAGUGGAACAUAUUCAAAAUCAAAAAAGGAGAGUAAAUCGUAUGACUGUAGUGUUUGUGCUGAGAGUUUUUCUACUUUUGGAAACUUUAUCAAGCACCGGGAAAGCCACAAGAAUUGAUUUAAGUUGCUUCAACAAAGAUAACUUGUCGAACAAUAGGACAGUUAACUACGGGGCUUGCUUGUAAAUAUAGAUAUAUAAAUUACUAACAAUAUACGCUUUUCUAUAAAUGUUUUGAAAAAGACACAUUUGGGUAGAAGGCUGGGCUCUAAUUCGCUUAAUUUUUCAUUGUUUUUGGAUAAAAACCAUCUUACCAGAGAAAAUAGCAUAAUGUCUCAUGCUAUUAUUUCCCCAUCCUUUUGUUACACAGCAAGUUUUUAAUUAGAAUUUUCAGAAUGGUCAUCUCAAAACUUUCAGGAAUAGCAUUUACAUUUAAUGAACUGACCGAAGAGUGAUCCCGUUUUUCACUUGCUAAUGAUGGGUCUUGGACAAUCGACUCUUUACUAAAUAAACCAAGAAGAAUAUCAAGUCCACCGUAAAAAAGAUCUACGUUACAAACUAUUUUAAAUUUAUGUUUUUUGGUACAGUAAGAAUACUGCCGAGUUUCAAAAUAUUGCUUUCGACAGAAUACUGCCGCAUUAAUACCGAUGAUGUAUAUCAUUUUCCUUUUUUCAGGAUAAUAUUUGGAUAUGAUAUUAUUUUGUGCUUCACUCUUUGUGGCUUUUAGAUAUGUUGGAAAGAUAACAAAAUUGGUUAAAAAUAGCACAGAUUCCGGUAUUUUUAUAAAAUGAAUUAUUAGUUUCUUAUUGCCUCAUAAUAUUAUAUAUUUCAUAUUUAUUUGUUAGUAUCAA